CUCUGGGUAUACUAUAGCUCAAACGCACCAGCAAGAUGUCCAGCGUUGACGACAAGCGGCCGCGGGGCAUUCUGAAGAACUCGCGUCCCAACUCGUACCAGUCAACGGCGGUGGCGUCUCCUCCGCACGAACCGGCAACACCACGUACCCCCGCCAUCGACUCGCUGGACACGAAGGAACUCACGCUGCAGAACACGCUGCAGAAUGCAGGCCGGCGACGAUCAUCGGCGUCGAACAACAACAACGCGGGCAGCGGCUCACGCCGGGCAUCUUUGAUCGGUGCGCAUGGGGACGACAACUCGCCCCGGCUGAAGUGGGACGAAGCGAACCUGUACCUGACGGAACAGGAGAAAACGGCCAAGAUGAAGAUCGACGAGCCCAAGACGCCGUUUGCGCCGCACUACGACCCCACCGAAGACGAGGAGGAGAUGCGGCUGGUCGAGGCGCAGGAAUCGUUGCUUGACGCCCAGGAACUUGUUGUGGACGAGUUGGACGGGAAACAGCGCAAGGAACAACAGCCCCAGCCUGGUAGUAGAGCUCCUCGCGAUGAAGAUAUCCCGGACUUUGAACUCGGGGAGCCUGAAGAAGGCGCUGUGUCGGCUGGAGCUGCAGCAGACACGCAGCGGAUCUUCCGCGAACGAAGCCUGAGCACUGAUUCCCGCGGCGAGAAACACGUCGUCGUCGGCCAGGAGGAGCCGAGUGUUCAUGACGAGCGGAUUUCACCCGAGGAAGCGCAGGAGAAGCACAAGCAAUUCGAACAGCAGCGGAAACGACAUUACGAGAUGCGGAACAUCAAGGAGUUACUUGCUCACCAUGAUGAACUGGAUGAGAUGGACGAGGACGAGGAGGAAAGAGACCCGCCUACGAUGCCAGGCAUUCCGUCGCGGUUUCUCAACGGGGGGAGGGGAAAUGUUUGAUUGAAUUCUUCGAGCCGGUUUGCAGACUAUUAGAUGAUGAUCGUGACAUGAAUACCCACCCCACACUUGACAAUCCUAGUCCAGAGCACCAUACGGAGUACUACCUAGUACCUACCUAGUAGGCAAGAUGCAGAGGCUCAAAUCAGUUGAGAUUGCGAUCUGGGGAGUCCCCUAGCAAGCACUGGAUAGGGGAAGACACGACUAUAAUUAGACUGCUCGAUUGAGGAGUCAAGUGCGUCUCCUAAAUUAAGAUCUACUCGACGCAAACUCAGAGUCCAUACGAAGUAUUUACUCCGUAGAAUGGGUAGUUGGUUGACUAGCAAACAGGAUAAGGAGUCCUACGGAGUAUUAUAGGAGACAGGAACAUUAGCCGAUGGAAUAGUAAUGUAAUACCUGCAAUAUCGAGAUAA